UUUCUCGCUUCGCCUAUAAUCUUCCUCUCUCGCUCAGGUGACUGCUUUUCGCAUGAGAGCCAUUACUGAUGCGUCAUCAGAAGGCGACGCACGCCUCGCAGAUCUUUAGAACAUCCGCGCGCCAAACCGCACAUGAUGUUGACAUCGCGAUCGCGUAUUCUUACAGGGAAACGCCUCACGGACAAUUUAAAGAAAAGAAACAAUUUUGUCAUGUCGUACUGAAUGGAACGUGGUCGACGCCCUAGUGUUUGUAGUGAUUGAAAAGCGCUUCAUGUUACAUUUAUGAUAUAAAAGCAGGCGGGUUCCCGGAUGUUGUGGAAAACCAAGGCCUGGUUGUUGUGCUGCACAUGUGUGUAAAACAUCUUUCAGUGUGUCUGGAUGAGCAGAAGUCAUGUUUGGCUCAUCGAGAUCUGGAGGGGUGAGAGGGGGGGUCAGGACCAGUUCAACUGGGACGAUGUGAAGGUGGAUAAACACAGAGAGAACUAUUUAGGGAAUUCCCUCAUGGCACCGGUGGGCCGGUGGCAGAAAGGGAAGGAUUUGUCGUGGUACGCCAAAGAUAAGAAAGGCGGCGCGUCUCUGUCUAAAGAGCAGGAGAUGGCAGCGGUACGAGAGGCGGAGCACGAGGCCAUGUUAGCAGCGCUGGGUCAUAAAGCAAUCGAGAGACAACCAACUGGCCUUACCAAAGAGGAUCUUGCGGAUGUGUGCCGGAGGGAAGCGGAGGCGGAUGAAGGGGACGCGGAGGACAGGGUCUCUGGGCUCGGGGUAAAGCUCCAGCACCACAAAGCUGAUAGACUGCAAGAAGCCAGUAAGACGCCUGAGGAAGCCCACAGACCUGAUAAAGAAGAAAAAAGAUCUGACAGAAAGAAGAAGAGUAAAAAGGAAAAGAAAAGAAAAAAGAAAACAAAGCACAGAAGCAGCAGUGACUCUUCAGACUCCGACUCUGAAAGCUUCAGUAAAAGGCGUAGAAAGGAUCCCCGGGACCACCAUGGUCCUAAUCCAUCAAGGAGCAGUCAGAGUGGAGCCGGAGCCCGUGACAGCCAUUCAGGAGGGGGGCUAAAGGCCGAGCACAGGACCCUGACCCCCCCUCACCAGCACCGCCGGCACGACACGGACUCGUCCUCUGAUGGACACCGCGCUGGUCGAGGCUCCCCGGCACAAAGCUACCGGCGGCGCCAUGAUAGCAGCUCAGACGACUGAUGCCCCGCUAUCCACACCUCCUCACCCUGAGAACGGAUCCAGUCGCCUCUUUGCCAGACUCUGGACAACUUAGGCCACAAGACAUGGCAGAAGUGUGUGUGUGUGUGUGUGUGGCAGACUGAUAAGGAUUUCUUAUCCUGCAAAUGUAGAGUAAAACACUGUCGGAUUUGGUGCGUACAGCACUCAUUCUGGACACAAAGUGCGACUGCAUUGCCUUUAGUAACUUGUACUUUAUAUAACGGAUAGU